UUUUUUUUUUUUUCUAUCGACAUGGUGGCUAUAAGAAAUCUCUAUAGUCAAAGGACCCACCUACUAGUAUCACAUACUCAACGAUCAUUCUUUAUCAAGACUCUACCUAUACGUCGUACCUAUACAACAACUACUCCAUUGAAAGGUUGGCGCAAAUACGCAGAUCAAUUCAAACACAAACCAGCUUCGUACCUUACAACAUUUGCCAUUUUACAUGAACUGACAGCCAUCAUUCCCUUCCCUCUUGUCUACUAUGGUUUAUCAUGGUCCUCACUCAAAGUGCCUGUACCAGAACAAGCUGUGAAUGAAGGUAACCGUAUUGUCAACAAGGUCAGAGUCCGUUAUGGCUUUACCCCUUUGGAACCAGAUAGUCGUGUCAUGAUUAAUUUGGCUACUACUUAUGCUAUCGUCAAGAUCAUGCUUCCUUUACGUAUUGGUGCUUCGGUGGCAAUGACUCCUUAUCUAGCUGAAAGAUUGAUGGGUCCUUUAUUGUCUUCUAUUAGUGCCUUAUUUAAGAAAUCAAAACCAUCCUUAUAACAUCUUUUAUUAUCAUAAUGUACUUUUGUAUUCCCUCUGGUUUAUAUUUAUAGUUUCCUUUUUUUGACAAAAUAAAAAUAGAUGGUUGAUAUUAUAGUUCUAUUGUAAUAUGAUUGGAUUGGGUACAUAGUUUUGAAAAUGGGAAAAUUAUCCGUUUCUUCCAUGUGUGACAACAGCGG